UGUGUCACAAUACCGAAACGGGUGUGAUGUGCAGUUGUCCGCCGACAGUAUAAGAGCGCCCAAGCCUCUUGUAGCUCUACUGCGCACUCCAAGACGAUGAUGAAGGUUGUGAAGAUGAAGGUGUUGGUGCUAGCGGUGGCAGCACUGCUGCUGAAGGUGGACUCUCAGCUCACGGACGAGCAGGCGGAAUAUCUCCUGAAAUUAAGCGAUCGUAUCACUGCUCUGGAAAAAUCCUGCACAGGUGGAGGCAGGAAAGUGGUGUUCUCUGUGGUGCAUCGGCCUUCUUCGAUUAAGGGCUAUAACAUUGGAAUAACAGGACCCUACGAUGUCGCCUCUGUCCUCGUUCACAAACAUGCCAUAACCAACAUCGGCAAUGCCUACAACACACAAACAGGGAUCUUCACUGCCCCAGUCAAGGGAGUUUAUUUUUUUACUUUCACCACAUACAGCUGGGUGUCUGAAGCUGACAUCGGUGUGAGUUUGUACAGGAACAAUGAGGAAAUCUUACUGAUUUGGGAGACCCAGGAUAGGGGCGAUAACGAGGAUUAUGCCAGUAACUCAGCAGCACUGAUCCUGGAACAGGGCGACAAGGUGUACAUGAACCUGCCCAAAGGUUUUCGAGUGUCUAGCAGUACCACAACGAACAUACACACCUUCAGUGGAUUUCUACUCUAUCAGCUCUGAGCUCACACUGCCUCUCACGCAAUCUCCAUGUGCUUCUAAUAAGACAAAUACACAGAAACAUAUAACAUUCAAUAAACAAAGAAACACAGUGCAUUUAAAUGUUGCAUGACAAUAAAUAUGCAUUUACCAUCCGCAUAUUGGUCCUUUAGUUAAUAUCCAUCAAUUAUAAAUACUUUCAAUUCAAUUGUCUUGGUUGUGUUAAUACAGCAUUUAAAAAUCACACACAAAAACCAGGUGUGUGAUCACAAGAUUUUUCAGCAAAACGUAUCCAUUGGCAGUAUUUUACGGACAAACCACGUGAGGUUACACGAGAGGGUC